AUGAUGAGGGCGGGCGAUCCCCGUGACGCGGGCAGACCAGCCGCGCUAACAUCCGCCGGCACCACCACCGGCGACUCCCCUUCAGCGUCCACAACAACACCUCCAACGCUUCCAUCUCCAUCGCCCUCCGUCUCCCACUCCUCCAUCUCUGCGUCGCAUCUCCCCUCCCUCUCCUCCUCCGCCGUCCCGUCCGUUCCCCGCCUUCCCCAGAGUCGCUUCAGCUUCGAGUACCAGUAUCCCCUGCGCAAACGAGCCCCGACGUCGCACCUCAGUUCCUCCGUCUUGAACAGCGACGACACGCCCGACCCGACGCCUUCCCUCCAGCGCACUUUUGUGUACGACAGCCCCCGCCGCUCGGUCCCCAACGUUCAUCUGUCCCACCUUCGUGACCAGGCCCUCUUGGAGUCGCACCAUCCGUCGCCGCGACGGGCCCUUGAAAAGGACGACGACCACGACGACGACUCCUCCUCCUCAGCGCCGCCCCUGGACGUCGACUCGGCCGCCCGCGCGUUGAGUCCCAAUGCAACCAAGCGCCGAAAGUCGUCCCUUUAUGCUCAGCAGACGACUUCGGACGUGAAUAGAAGGAUGCCUGCGUCCGCAGUGUCCUACUCUCCGGGAAGAUCGCUGGCCGACGAACGCCAUCGUGCCGUGAACGGGGUGGAUCGAUAUGGCCUGGGUGACGGCAACCGGACCCCCGUGGCGGACGAUUUCCGGUCCAAGAACGAAGAUGUCUUCCUGAACAUCGCGCGAUCGGAUUCUUCUGCCCGUCGCGAGUCGUUCGGGCGCUCAGAACUCCGACGGUCGCGAUUUAGGAUGUCUGGUGCUGGACUCCGUUCGCCAACCUCUCGUGUUACGACUGAACAAACCCCUUCUUCUCCCGAGCAACUUCGCUCGAAUGCCUACGAUAGCCCCUUGCGUUCGCAAGAUGAUCCCCCAUCCACCCCCAACAACGCCUCUGUCUCCUACUCUUACUCGGCUUCCGCCCAUCCGCUGGAUGAUCACGGUCGCUCCUCCACUUCUGCGUAUGCCUCUGGCUCGCGGUCCACGAUUGGCCUACCCCGAAGCCGAUUGGGUCGCACCAGCCCGGAGCCGUCGCCCUACAGCCCGGAAUCCCAUCUCGAGCGACGGGGCUCCUUGCAUGAAUCGCGCUCUUAUCGGCACUCCGCGCUCUCCACCAUCCGAAGCAGCCGGCAGCCAUCCAGCUCGGAGAUUACGGAACGCGCCCGGUUGGAGUCCGAUAGAUCUCGUCAGGAUGGCACAGAGUCCACCUUGUCGACAACGGCACCUUCCACCGUAUGGGAUGAGCUGGAGGACCUCAAAUCCCGAAUCAAGAAGCUGGAACUGACCGGGAAGCUCCCGCCAUCAUCCCAGGAGGCGAUAUCCUCCGCGUCUGGAGAACGGCCCCGAACAGCGACAACUACGGUGACUACAGUGUCGUCCUCGCCCAAACGCGGUCGCAACACAAGCAUCCAGUCGGGUGAGCCCGAUCCUAGUGCGACUCCUAGCCCCGUUCAUCCGCUUUUGCAAUCGGCGUUGGGCAAAGCAAAAGAUAUUUUGAGUAAUGAAGUCUACGCGGCUCUGGAAGUCACAGUCACAGAUGCUCUGGCGCUGUCAGGCCUCUUGGGAGCCAGCAAGGCCCCGUCUGGAGGCGUUUCCAUUGUAAAUGGUUAUACUCCCUCCGACAGACAAGCUAGAAGAAAAGCCGACAGCGUCUGUCGCAGCCUAACUGAGCUGUGCCUGGCCUUGUCGGACGAGCAGCAGCUUUGUAGGCAACAGCAGCUUGCAGUGCCGGACGCCCCAGUAGAGGAGCCGCAAAUCAAUGGCGACGAUGAAGACACCAUCACCCCGACGUUGUCAUAUCGGCGCAGCACGAUUCAAGAACCGGAGAGCCUGUCCCGGCGGCAGAGCACCAAGCGUAUUACCAGUCGUCUAGAGGCACGUCGGGCCAGUUUCGCGAACAACCCUGCCCUAGACACAAACACCACCACGACCAAUGACAUGGUGUCAGACGCCCAACUGACGCAGUCACCCGGGCCCGCGAUGCCUCCAAGCCGGCUGAGUCGGCUCUCUACAUCGUUACGAGCCAAGAGGGUGCACACCGAUGACGAUGCCCUCCCCGACCAGAGCCCGCAAACCCGAUCCAUAUCACGAAGCAUGACGGACUCCGCCCACCCAGUCGCAACAUUCCGUUCGCCCCGGCAACGAAUCUCGCAUGGAUAUGCGGCAUCGCAGUCGAUCCCCGAGCCGACCCCGGAUCGAAGUCCCAGAUACUCAACUCCCGUCCAACCCUCGCAAUUGCCUCAGCCUCGUACCCCGACGCUUUCGCAGUCCGCCAUCCCGCUGCGCCGGAGUAUGUUGACUCCUAGCUACCCUCCCGCAACCUCCCGCUCGAACAUCCAGGCAGGUUCCCGUCGAUACGGGAUCCCCUCGGGGAUUGGCUCUGCUGCUCUCGCGGCGGACGGGCCAAUCGAGGAUGAUCCUCCCCAGGAGCCUUCGCAGACCCGGAUCAUCGCCCCGUCCAAAAGGCUGGCUGCGAGCUACACGCCGAUCGCGCAGCAAACCCGUCUGAGAGCGAACAGCCUGGGCACGCGGAGAUUUGGCCUCCGGCAUCGACCGAUGGCUGUCUCCGACGAGGCUGUCAACUCGUUCAAUGACCGUAUUGAUUAA